UUUUCUCAGUCGAAGUUGAGAUCGAUCAUGGCUGGUCCAUCUAAUGCAAAAGGAUCAACUUACAUUCAAGUAGAUGUUCAUUACGAUGGAAUGUUUUCCCCCAUUCCUCAUCUUAUAUACUACCUGAAUCAAAAAACGUCAAUUACAGAUGUCGAUUUUGGUGGAUUAAAUUUCAAGGAGUUCAUUCAUGUUCUUGAGGAUGUCACAAAGGGGAAGUGUCCUGUUGUCUACUACUGUCUUGGGCAUAAGUCAAUGCGUGAUGGGUUGACACCACUGAAAAACGAUGAUGACUACAGGAGGUUUCUUGAUGUUGCACAUGGUAACGAGGGAAAGAUUAAUGUAUAUAUUGAUCACUACAACGAUUCGGUGCUUGACUGGAUAGAGGAAGAAAAGGAAGAAAAAAAUGUUGAUAGUGAAAGCUCUGAUGAAGAUAAAGACUCGGUCAUGUCUGAUGCUCUAUCUGUUGAUCAUGAACCCGAUGAAGAGGUAAUACCAUUGACUAAAUCUGAUGAUCCCUUUCUUAACUAUAUUAGUGUUGUCCCUAGAGAUGAGUUUGUUGAUGAGGAUGAUGAUUCAGAUAAUGGAACCAAAGAAGCCCCAAUUUACCCUUAUCAUGACUCAACUCAGAAAUGGGAUACAAUGCAACCCAUCCUUGGUAUGAGGUUUUGUAACCCUCAAGAACUUAAACAGCUUGUCUCAAACUAUGCAGUAGCAAACGGUUUUAACCUUUGGUAUGAAAAAAAUGAUAAAACUAGGUUGUUAGUCAGGUGUUGUAAAACUAGUGAAGGAAAGGCAGCAUGUCCUUUUAGACUAUGGGCUACUUGGAUGAGCAGUGAAAAGUCAUUCCAAAUUAAGUCCUUACGUAAUGAGCAUAACUGUGCUAGAACCUUCAAGUUUGGGUCAGUUGUUACUUACUCAUGGAUAGGGAAACAUUUUGUUAAUGAUAUUUUAGAAAAUCCCAAAUUGAGUUGCAGGGAAAUGAGGGAUAAAGUUGGGGAAAUUUUCAAUGUGAAGGUUAGUGUUGGACAAUGCAGGAAUGCAAAGAAGUUUGCACUUAAUGAGAUCGAAGGCAGUUUGAACACACAUUAUGAAAAAUUAUGGAGUUAUGGAGCUGAGAUAUUAAGAGCUAAUCCAGGGUCAACAGUGAAAAUUGGGACGGAUACAAUGCCUGAUUCCACAAUUUAUUUUUCUAGGAUGUAUGUUUGUAUCAAAGGUGUAAAGGAUGGUUGGAUUGAAGGAUGCAGGAGGGUUAUAGGUGUAGAUGGUUGCUUUUUAAAAGGUAUUUGCAGAGGUGAGCUUCUUUCAGCUGUAGGUAGAGACGCUAACAACCAUAUUUACCCCAUUGCUUGGGCAGUAGUUGCAGUUGAGAACAAAGAAACUUGGAAGUGGUUUCUAAACUUACUACUUAAGGACAUUAACAUGGGAAAUGGGGCAGGAUUAACCUUACUUUCUGACCAACACAAGGGUCUUAUUGAGGCUGUUAAAGAAAGAGUACCAGAUGCUGAGCAUAGGCAAUGUGCUAGGCACGUCUAUGCUAAUUUCAAGAAAAAAUUUAAGGGUGCUGCAUAUAGGAAGCUGUUUUGGAGGGCUGCAAAGGCCACAACUGUGCAGAGGUUUGAAGGUUUAAUGAAAGAGAUUAGGGCGAUUGAUGUACAAGCAUAUGAUCACUUGAUGGAAAGAGAUCCAAAAUCCUGGUCUAGGGCUUUUUUUGUAUUGGACAGGUCUUGUGAUGCCAUUGAGAAUGGUAUUUGUGAAUCUUUUAAUGCUGCAAUUGUGCAUGCUAGGAAAAAGCCGAUUAUAACAAUGUUAGAGGAAAUUAGGAGGUUUGUGAUGGAUAGGAUGUAUUGUAAAAGAUUGAAGGGGCAGAAAUGGAAUCUAGCCAUAUGUCCAUCUAUUAGAAAGAAAAUAGUGGACAAGAGGAAACAUCUAAGGUAUUGGUAUGUAAUUCCCAGUGGAGUGCAACAAUUUGAGGUGAGGUCAGUACAUGAGGUUUAUGCUGUGUACUUGAACCAAAGAACAUGUGCAUGUAGAGGAUGGCAACUAAGCGGUAUACCAUGUAUACAUGCCAUGGCUGCUAUUAGUUAUCUAAAUGAGAAUGUGGAAGACUAUGUGGCAACUUGGUUCACAACAGAAAUGUUUGGAAAUUGCUAUAAGUAUACAAUUAAUCCUUUAAAUGGAAGUGAAAUGUGGCCAUCUUGGGAAGGUCAACCUAUGUUGCCCCCGAAACGUAAAAGAUUACCUGGCAGACCUAAAGUCAACAGGAAGAAGGCUGCUUCAGAAAAAGAAGGUCGUCAUACUAUUAGCAAGAAAGGGGCUAUUACAAAAUGCAGCAUCUGUAGAGAACCAGGACACAACAAAAUAACAUGUCCAUUGUCCAAAGAAGGACCAAGUACUAAAGCCAAAAAGAAGAAGGGUAAACAUGUUCCUGAUGUUGAGGAUGAGUCUGAAUUUGAGAUUGAAGAGAUGGAUGAAGUUGAAAAUGAGUAUGAAUCUGAGUCUGAAUCUGAGAUUGAAGAGCUGGCUGAAGAUGGUGAUGAACCUGAUCAGGGACAAGUUGAUGAACAAGUUGAACCUGCUGUUGAAGCUGUUGAAGCUGUUGAAGCUGUUGUUGAACCUGAUGAACAAGUUGAAGCUGUUGUUGAACCUGAUCAGGAACAAGUUCAUGAACCUGAUCAGGACCAAGUUCAUGGACCUGUUGUUGAGGAACCUGCUGCACAACCCGUUGUUGAAGUUGAACAAAGAGCACAACCAUUGAAGAGGAAAAGGAAAUACUCAGAGAGGAUCACUAAAGUGGCAUUAAGUAGGGUGGUCAACACCAAGGAUGGAUGUGGUUUAAGUGUGAAUAAACCUGUUACACUGGAAUGA